AUGGACGCGAUUAAAACUUUGAUUUCAAGUUUGACAAAUCGUACAACGCGGAAAUUGUAUGAGAAAAACGGGGUGAAUUUGAAAAAUGUUUGUUUGAGUGGAUAUAUCAAGGUGUUCAAAAACACGGUGAGUUUUUGCUCGGUGUUUGCAGAAUUUCCCAAAAAAAAACUUGCAGAACGAUAAUUCCGCCCUAUUCUACCACACCAAUCCGAUCGAUCUCAAACUAAUCCGAUGUUAUCCCCAAUCACCGGUUUGUAUAUCACGCCGUGACACAGUUAAGAAAUCAGAAAGAAGUACGUAUCAAACUCAAUAUUAUCGAUUCGGAUGUCGACGUUAUAACUAUUGGGAAUUUUGCGGAAAUACCGAAAAGGCUAGGAAAUCCAGGAAAUUUGAGAUUUACGAGAAAUCUGCGGUUUUCUGUGGGGCAAAUAUCAAAGAUCAAUUGCUAACUAAAUACUCGAAGAAAAUUAUUGAUUUAUUCGAAUGGAUCUUCAAAGAAAAGAGGAUAGCCAACACGGAAUUUCGUGUCGAAACAGCAUUCAUAAGUCAAGAUAAUCGAGACAUAAUACCAAGUUUUGAAGAGGAAGAAUAUGAGAAAAAUGAGGAGGAAUUAAAGGCAAAUCAAGCUGGAGUAUUUUCAAUUGGAGAAUCAAUGAUUUUCUCGAAGAUGGAUGUGAUUUCAGCGAUUUUAUUGAUUAUUGCAACACUUAAAGUGAUUCGUGUGUUUUUUAUUGGAGUUCAACCGAGUGCGCCGAUUGACAUGGAUGAACAUUCGAAUACUGCGUCACAGCAGAAAAAUUUGGCUUCGAGUUUUGAUUCGAAGUUUAAUGAUAAUGAUGAACCCUAUAUUCGAUGA